AUGGGUUUCAUCACCAAGGCCAUCCCUCUCGCCCUGGCGGCGGCAUCUGUCAUCAAUGGCGCUGAGAUCUUGGAGACUCGCGCUGGUGUCCAGACCCUCGCUGACAAGUAUAUUGUCGUGAUGAACGAUGGUAUGACCGACAAGGACUUCGACUCCCACCGCUCCUGGGUCAACCGCACCCACCGCCGCCGUCUGGUCCGCCGCGGUGCCAAAGCCAUGACUGGCAUGAAGCACACCUACCGCUUCCCAACUGGCAUGAAGGGAUACUCUGGUCACUUCGAUGAGCAGAUGAUCAACGAGAUUGCUAAGCGUGCUGAUGUCAAAUACAUUGAGCGUGAUGCCCGCGUUCAGAUCAACGCCAUUGAGAUGCAGGACAAUGUUCCAUCCUGGGGUCUUGCUCGUGUCGGCUCCAAGGAGCCUGGUGGCACCACCUACUACUAUGACAGCUCUGCUGGUCAGGGCGUUACUGCCUAUGUUAUUGACACCGGUACCGAUAUCAAGCACGAGGAAUUCUCUGGCCGUGCUACCUGGGGUGGCAACUUCGUUGAUGACAUCGACAUGGACUGCAACGGCCACGGUACUCACGUUUCUGGAACUGUCGCCGGUACCAAAUUCGGUGUUGCUAAGAAGGCCAAUGUUGUUGGCGUGAAGGUCCUUGACUGCGACGGCUCCGGCUCCAACUCUGGUGUCAUCAUGGGCAUGGAAUUUGCUACCAACGACGCCAAGAAGAAGGGCGCCGGCAAGGCUGUCGCCAACAUGUCUCUCGGCGGUGCCUUCUCCCAGGCCUCCAACGAUGCCGCUGCCGCAAUUGCUCAGGGCGGUGUCUUCCUGGCCGUUGCCGCCGGUAACGACAACGUUGAUGCUGCUAUGGCCUCCCCAGCUUCUGAGCCAUCCAUCUGCACUGUUGCUGCCUCCACCGAGCAGGAUGGCAAGGCCUCCUUCUCCAACUACGGCCAAGUCGUUGAUGUCUACGCUCCCGGUGACGGAAUCACCUCCGCUAAGCCAGGUGGUGGCUCUCAGGUCCUCUCUGGAACCUCCAUGGCCUCCCCACAUGUUGCUGGUCUCGCUGCCUACCUUAUCGGCACCGGCAAAUCUGGUGGCCCUCAGCUUUGCGACACCAUCAAGAACAUGGCCAUUGAUGUCAUCACCAACCCCGGCGCUGGUACCACCGGCAAGCUCAUCAACAACGGAUCCGGCAAAUAA